CUCUCAGUGCCCUCAGGUUGUUCUUCAGUCUGAAAACCUGUGAUGAGAGUUUUAAUAAUGGCGAGGCCGUGGCGGGGGGCUGCAGCUCUCUGCUCGAGUCCAGACUCGGGGAACCACCUGUGAACAUCGACUCGGAGCUCGCCGGCGGUUUGAGAAGUGAUUUAACCAGUACAAUGAUCCAGUGACACCGGACAGAGUAAAUCUCCGCUGAGAGCUGCUCUUACAAACUGUGUCAAAGUGCUGGACGGUCGCUGGAAGCUUUGCCAUGUCGUUACUGUGUGUCAGAGUGAAAAAAGCCAAGCUCCAAGGACCUCCAGAUAAGUUCAACACCUACGUGACGCUGAAGGUGCAGAAUGUCAAGAGCACAACGAUCACAGUGCGGGGGGACCAGCCCUGCUGGGAACAGGAUUUCAUGUUUGAGAUCAACCGGCUGGACCUGGGCCUCAUUGUUGAGGUGUGGAACAAAGGCCUCAUCUGGGACACCAUGGUGGGGACAGCCUGGAUUCCUCUGAAGAGUAUCCAACAAUCAGAGGAGGAGGGCUCAGGUGAGUGGAUCUUUCUGGAUGCAGAGGUCCUGAUGAAGGCUGAUGAGAUAUAUGGCACCAAGAACCCAACACCUCAUCGAGUCCUGCUGGACACUCGCUUCGAGCUGCCUUUUGAUAUCCCAGAUGAUGAGGCGCAGUACUGGACGGGCAAGCUGGAACGCAUCAAUACCAUGAGAAUCCACGAUGAGUACCCUCUUCAGGAUGACGUUCAGAGUCGCCCACUGCCGUUUGCGGCUUCCCAGUGCUCUCUGGAUGACCAGGACAGUGCCGUAGAUGACCGGGAUAGCGACUACCGCAGCGAGACGAGCAACAGCCUGCCUCCACGAUACCACACGACGGCUCAGCCCAACUCCUCCGUGCACCAGUAUCCCAUGGGGCCUCGGCAGCAGCAACACCCAGACUCCUGCGCGGACUCCAUCCACAGUUUUGACCUGGACUACAGGGACCGGAGAGGAACCAGUCCAGUGGAAAGUAGUCGCUUUGGGUCGUCAGGAAACCUGAGCCAGACCAGCUCCCAGCUUAGUGAGACUGGCCAGGAGAGCACUGGAGGGUCAGAGCUGGAGGAGUCCUUCCACUCCUACCACAGUACUAGCUUUCACCCCUCCACCAAUGGACAGGCACGCACCAACGGACAGCAUUCCACCAAUGGACAUCAUCCCACCAAUGGACACUCUACUGACGCUGAGAAGGAGAGACAUAGUUUGUCCCCUGAUGUAGGGCGGGGCCUGAAAAGUGACAUUCCAGCAGAGAGAGGGUCCUCUAAACUCCUAAGGUUCCAUGAUGAUGGGCCGCCAUUACCCUUUACCCCAUCCAGAGUUCGUUGGUUGAAGGCCAUCAAUAAAGUCAGGGUUCAGCUCCGGGAGGUUCGAGAUGAAGAGCCCAGUGCACGACAAGCCUGGGUCAAACCAGGUGGUGGAUCUGGUCUGUAUGGAAUUGACAGCAUGCCAGACCUGCGUAAAAAGAAACCCAUCCCUUUGGUCAGCGAUGUGUCUCUCGUCCAAGCCAGGAAGGCGGGGAUCGCAUCUGCCAUGGCUGCUCGGUCCUCAAUCAAGGAUGAGGAGCUGAAAAACCACGUGUACAAGAAGACCCUGCAGGCUCUCAUCUACCCCAUAUCCUGCACUACACCACAUAACUUCGAGGUGUGGACUGCCACUACGCCAACAUACUGCUAUGAGUGCGAGGGGCUACUGUGGGGAAUAGCCCGCCAAGGCAUGCGUUGCUCUGAGUGUGGAGUCAAGUGCCAUGAGAAGUGCCAAGAGCUGCUGAAUGCUGACUGUCUACAACGUGCUGCGGAGAAGAGCUCUAAGCAUGGAGCUGAAGACCGGACUCAGAAUAUCAUCAUGGCCAUGAAGGACAGGAUGAAGAUCAGGGAAAGGAACAAACCAGAAAUCUUUGAACUCAUCAGGGAGGUAUUUGUCAUCAGUAAGGCCAUCCAUGCACAGCAGAUGAAGACCAUCAAGCAGAGCGUUCUGGACGGUACCUCAAAGUGGUCAGCCAAGAUCACCAUCACAGUUGUUUGUGCCCAAGGACUUCAGGCAAAGGACAAGACAGGAUCCAGUGAUCCAUAUGUCACUGUUCAGGUGGGCAAGACCAGGAAGAGAACCAAAACCAUCUAUGGCAACCUCAAUCCUGUCUGGGAGGAGAAGUUCCACUUUGAAUGCCACAAUUCCUCAGACCGAAUUAAAGUGCGUGUGUGGGACGAGGACGAUGACAUCAAGUCGAGGGUGAAGCAGCGUCUGAAGAGGGAAUCAGAUGAUUUCCUGGGCCAGAGUAUAAUUGAAGUUCGAACACUGAGUGGAGAAAUGGACGUCUGGUACAACCUGGAGAAGAGGACGGACAAGUCAGCUGUGUCAGGUGCCAUUCGCCUUCAAAUCAACGUGGAGAUCAAAGGAGAGGAGAAAGUGGCGCCAUAUCACGUGCAGUACACCUGUUUGCAUGAGAACCUGUUCCACCACUCCACUGAUAUGCUCGGCCAGGGUGUGGUGAAAAUCCCAGAGGCUCGUGGAGAUGACGCCUGGAAAGUCUACUAUGAUGAUGUGGCACAAGAAAUAGUGGACGAGUUCGCCAUGCGCUAUGGGAUCGAGUCAAUCUACCAGGCCAUGACGCACUUUGCCUGUCUGUCGUCUAAGUACAUGUGUCCCGGGGUCCCCGCGGUGAUGAGUACCCUGCUGGCCAAUAUCAAUGCCUUCUACGCCCACACAACCGCCUCCACCAAUGUGUCCGCCUCCGACCGCUUUGCUGCUUCCAAUUUUGGGAAAGAACGCUUUGUCAAGCUUUUAGACCAGCUGCACAAUUCCCUGCGAAUCGACCUCUCCACCUACAGGAAUCACUUUCCUGCCAGCAGCAAGGAGCGCCUGCAGGAUUUGAAAUCCACUGUGGAUCUUCUAACCAGCAUCACCUUCUUCAGGAUGAAGGUCCAGGAGUUACAAUCUCCGCCCAGAGCCAGCCAGGUGGUGAGGGACUGUGUCAAGGCCUGCCUCAACUCCACAUACGACUACAUCUUCAACAACUGCCACGAGCUGUACAGCAGACAGUACCAUCCUAAUGACACAAACAAGGAGGAGCUCCCUUUAGAGGAGCAGGGUCCGAGCAUCAAGAACUUGGACUUCUGGCCUAAACUCAUCAUGCUCAUCGUCUCCAUCAUUGAAGAGGACAGGAACUCCUACACACCUGUGCUCAACCAAUUUCCUCAAGAACUGAACGUAGGGAAGGUGUCAGCAGAGGUCAUGUGGACACUGUUCGCCCAAGACAUGAAGUACGCUAUGGAAGAGCACGAGAAGCACAGACUGUGUAAGAGCACCGACUACAUGAACCUGCACUUCAAGGUCAAGUGGCUCAACAACGAAUAUGUCAAGGAGCUGCCAAACUUUAAGGGCGUCGUUCCUGACUACCCAUCAUGGUUUUUACAAUUUGUGCUACAGUGGUUGGAUGAAAACGAGGAUGUAUCCAUGGAGUUUAUGCAUGGAGCCCUGGAGAGGGACAAAAAGGACGGAUUCCAGCAGACGUCUGAGCAUGCUCUGUUCUCCUGCUCUGUGGUGGACAUCUUCACUCAGCUCAACCAGAGCUUUGAGAUCAUCAAGAAACUGGAAUGUCCUGACCCUAACGUCAUGGCUCAGUACAGUCGCCGCUUCUCCAAGACCAUUGCCAAAGUUCUUCUGCAGUACAGUGCCAUUCUGACCAAGAGUUUUCCCUCUUAUAUUGACAAGGAGAAGAUUCCGUGUGUCCUGAUGAACAAUGUGCAGCAGUUAAGAAUCCAGCUGGAGAAGAUGUUUGAGUCAAUGGGUGCCAAACAGAUGGACUCUGAGGCCAGUGACCUACUGAACGACCUGCAGGUGAAGCUGAACAACGUGCUGGAUGAUCUCAGCCGUACAUUUGGGAACAGUUUCCAGAUCCGCAUAAACGAUUGCAUGCGCCAGAUGGCGUCUCUGCUGUACCAGAUCAAAGGGCAGCUCAACGCCAACAACAAAAACCAGGUGGAGGCCGACUCUGACAACAUGUUACGGCCACUCAUGGAUUUCCUGGAUGGAAAGUUAACAUUGUUCGCCACCGUAUGUGAGAAAACAGUACUGAAGCGUGUGCUCAAGGAGCUGUGGAGGAUCGUAAUGAGCAGCCUGGAGAAGACUAUUGUCCUGCCACAGGGCAACGACACCUUUGGUGCACAGAUUCUCUCAGCUGCGAAAGAACUGGGUCAGCUCUCCAAGCUCAAGGAUCACAUGGCAGGGGAGGCUAAAAGCCUGUCUCCCAGGCAGUGUGCUGUCAUGGACGUGGCACUGGACACGAUCAAGCAAUACUUCCAUGCAGGAGGCAACGGGCUGAAGAAGGCGUUCCUGGAGAAGAGUCCUGAGCUGUCCUCACUACGCCACGCUCUGUCCCUCUACACUCAGACAACAGACACCCUCAUCAAGACCUUUGUGACCACCCAGCAUGCACAAGUGCACAAUGGAAAGGGUAUUAGGUUAACUCCCAAUGAAAAAAUACAGCCCAGCAGGGGUCCAGGAGUGGAGAAGCCAAUAGGUGAGGUGUCUGUCCAGACUGAGCUGCACACGCAUCCAGGGAACGGGGAGCGGAAAGUUACUGUCAAAGUCAUAGGAGCCAAUGAUUUAAAAUGGCAGACAUCCGGCAUGUUCCGACCCUUUGUGGAGAUCACCAUGAUCGGGCCUCACCUCAGCGACAAGAAACGCAAAUUCCAGACCAAAUCCAAGAACAACAGCUGGUCUCCCAAGUUUAGCGAGACCUUUAAUUUUGUUCUUGGUAACCAGGAUGGCUUUGAGUGCUACGAGCUGCAAGUCUGCGUCAAAGACUACUGCUUCGGCCGUGCAGACAGAGUGGUCGGCUUGGCCGUGAUACAAUUAAGAGACAUCAUGGGGAAGGGCAACUGUGCGUGCUGGUGCCCACUUGGGGAACGCAUCCAUAUGGACGACACAGGCCUCACCGCCAUGCGAAUCCUCUCCCAGCGCUCCAACGACGACGUGGCCAAGGAGUUUGUGAGGCUGAAAUCAGAGAGUCGUUCAGCCGAGGAGGGCAGAUGAGGAGAGGUGGGAGAGAGACAGAAAAGAUGGAAGGUCUCUUGAACGUCUUCGUGAAAAAGCAGGGAAUAAUUUUUCAUAGAUGGCCGUGUGGACUCUUAUUUAGACCUUCGACGUGUCUUAGCUGCUGUUGACUGUUUGGUGGCGCCUUGCCAAGCUCACCGACACACUGUCACGUUCACACUCGGGGUAUUUUGGACUCACUGUUCCCCUUCCUCAAACACUCACAUUAUUUACCGAGUUACUGUACAGUAUAAACACUGGCUCACUCAACCUUCACACUCACCAGCUGUUGCACCAGGCAGUGACCACUUACUCUGUCAUUUAACCUCUGUUUACCCCGCUCUCCUCAUCAGCUAGAGUGGCACACUGUGCACGCCACAGCCUCGAAGGAACAGAGGACACCAGGCUCCGCUGGAGGGGCCAACGAGUUCCCCAAACCUCCCCAGUGUUGUUGUGCAAUAACCCCACCUGAACCCUUCAAGCCGUGGCCAUGUGUUUGAUGCCUUACACUCUGAAAGCUGUGAAUGUGUGAAGUACAAAAGUCUUUCUGAAUGCCCGAGUCUGUAGCUCCACUGUCACGGUUUGAGUAAAUGUGAAAACACUAUGGUUUAUCUCAUGAAGGGGAUGAAUCGGACAGCUGGUAGCUCGGAGACAGUCCCAGUUUUUAGGGCCUGGUUUGUGUAUUGCGUGGUUUCACAAGUUAAUCUUGUACAACUCUUGUUUUAAGAGAAGAUACCUAAACUAAUAACCCUUAAUUGUACCCCUUAAUGUAAAGGAUUAAUCAGUUAAAUGUGUGCCUUGCCAUUUUCAGUUUUCAUCAUCAGUACAUAAUUUAAAUGAUAAAAUCAACAACAGUAUGAUUGACAAACAGGACCAAGAGUGCGGACACUGUAUGUUAAAGUUGAAUGCUGUUUUGGCCAUAUUAAUUUAUUAAACUCUAUUACCAACUCUAGUGUAACCAUGACGGUGCAGCCAUUUUAUUUAUUUUUUAUACAUAUUUAUUUUUGUCUGUGCUUUUCAAAGCCCGUGAUUUAAAAUGUUGUUUACCGUUGGGGACGGACGUGUUUGCCAGGAAAGUGUGUCUGAGAAUUUGCACAGUCUGAAUGAGGAGACGAGAUACACGCCCUCAGAAUAAAGUUAGUGUUUGUUAAGAAAUUAAAAGCAAACUUGGCGACCUGUGUCCUUGACUUACAACAGUGAUGACUGUCUUUUAGAAAUGUUCAUUUAUAAUUAAGUAAUUUUACAUGUUGAACUUUCAGGUAACAACUUUUCUUCCAAAAAAAAAAAAAAAAAAAAAAAGGAUAUCUGAACAUUUGAACACAGGCUCAUCAGCUGCUGAGUUGUUAGGAAGUGUAGAAUUACUUGCGGUUUACAUAUAUCUUCCUGCUCUGUCUAUGAGUGGCCUUACUUUGGUGAAAAAAAUAAAUUACGUGUAUCUUUUUAAUCUUUCUUUUUUUUUAAAUCCUUGUACUCCUUUUGGCUCUCAGCGAUGAGGAUUGGCCACUUUUUUGCCCGUAAUGAUGUCAAAUAAGUUUUCCAAGUGAUGUUCCUUAUCAUUUUGUACUGUUUAUCUUUGAUUAUAUUGCAAAUAUCAAUGCUGGGCUUUCUUUCAGUCUGUUUUUUGUGUUAUGUUCCCUCUGACAUUUUGUAAAUGUUUCCCUUAAAAGCUCUUUUAUUAGUUCGGUAUGAUGUCAAUUAAAUGAUGUUUUAUGGACAGGAGGAGUAAUAUAUAAGACGUGUGCCAGUGACUUUGUUCAUAACUGAUGGAAGAAUAUUAAAAUGUAACUUUUAAUGAAAGAUAUUACUUUAAUAUGAGAACCUCAAUGUGUGCACAUUUUUAAACCGAUGACACUCUGUAGAAACCACUAAACCAGAUUCCUCUUUGUUACAGUAAAUGAUCCCCUGUGAAUACAAAUGUUUCAUAGCCAUUCUUUAAUAUUCAUGUUCCUCGUGCCAAGUUACAAGUGUUCACUUUUUUUUUUUUUCUAUAUUUUCUAAAUUUGUUAACCCUUGCACUUUCACUAAAUCACUGCAAUAGUUAACAAGUACAGUGUAACAGUCACGGUAAAUGCAUUUUUGUGGUGUUUUCUUUGUAUUGUCACUACUCUGAAAUGUUGUUGUCACCAUGUAAACAUUCCCAUUCAUUAAUUUUGUAUAAAGUAUUUGAGAAG